UCACUGAAACCUGUCCUUCCCUUACCCGCGUGUGGUUGUUAUAGAUGGCGUCCCGUAAAGAGUCUGGUCCUGCAACUACCGCUACAAUGACUUCUACGGCCGGAACCCUGGACUCUCCUGUCAAACAGAUCCAAAUCGAGGGCCUGGUGGUGCUGAAGAUUAUCAAGCACUACCAGGAAGAGGGCCAGGGAAGCGAAGUGGUUCAGGGUGUCCUGCUGGGCCUGGUGGUCGAUGACCGGCUGGAGAUCACCAACUGCUUCCCCUUUCCCCAACACACUGAAGAUGAUGCAGACUUCGAUGAAGUCCAGUACCAGAUGGAAAUGAUGCGCUCCCUGCGUCACGUCAACAUUGACCAUCUGCAUGUGGGCUGGUACCAGUCCACCUACUACGGCUCCUUUGUCAGCCGAGCGCUGCUCGACUCCCAGUUCAGCUACCAGCAUGCCAUUGAAGAGUCAGUUGUUCUCAUCUAUGACCCAAUAAAGACAGCCCAAGGCUCCCUGUCACUCAAGGCUUACAGGCUUACUCCAAAACUCAUGGAGAUCUGCAAAGAGAAAGAUUUCACACCUGAGGGCUUGAAGAAGGCAAACAUUGGCUUCGAGCAUAUGUUUGAGGAGGUGCCUAUUGUCAUCAAGAAUUCCCACCUCAUCAACGUACUGAUGUGGGAACUGGAAGACAAGUCCACGGUCGCCGACAAGCAUGAACUACUCAACCUCUCAAGCAGCAACCACUUGGAGAAGAGCCUUCAGCUUCUGAUGGACAGAGUGGAUGACAUGAGCCAAGAAAUUGUCAAAUAUAACACCUACAGCCGCAACCUGAGUAAGCAACAGCAGCAGAAGCAUCAGUACGUCCAGAGGCGUCAGCAGGAGAACGCACAGCGACAGAGCAGAGGGGAGCCCCCGCUGCCUGAGGAGGACAUCACCAAAAUGUUCAAGCCCCCCCAGCCUCCACCCCGCAUGGACUCGCUGCUCAUUGCAGGGCAAAUUAACAACUACUGCCAGAACAUUAAGGAAUUCACCUCGCAGAACCUCGGGAAGCUGUUCAUGGCAGAGGCUCUCCAAGGCCACAACUAGGGGAGAAGCGCAGCGGAGGGAUUUCCAACAGAGAAAAAGAAAGUACAGAGAGCUAGGGAAGAAAGAAAAGGUAACGGAGAUGCAAAACCACCAUGGCAACAACUGGAGGACUGCACUGUUGUUUUUCUAAGAAUUGAUUCAUCGCUUUAAUGCCCAACCACAUCUUGGAUUUAAAAAAAAGUGUCUUUGAAAAAUCAGUUGGUUUUGGUUUAAAUAAAAGAAUCUCUACAUCUUCUCAGGUUCUUCAGUUUUUUUCCACAGUUAAAGUGCUUGAUGCUUAUGUGAGGUAUUUUGUACUCCAGCCGUAGAGAUGGUUAACGUCUCUCCGUACAAAAAUGGUUCGCUGCACAAAAAUAAUCAUGCUUUAAUAGAUCUUGUGCAUAAAACGUAAUAAUUAUACAAUCAAAUAGUUGUGAUCAUUUUAUGGCUACAGGCCUUUGGUCUUGCAGUUUCAACACCAAGCAGGGUUCAAUUUAUUAGUGGACUUGGGUGUAAGUGGGAUCACGUGUUGAGAACAAGUCUGUAAACAGAACUGCAACACAAGUGCCAGUUAAGUUUAGCAUCAAGUGAGUGCACGCUUCCUGACUUUGCAACCAUUCUCUCGCUCACUGCACUAAACAGACGUUUAAUUGGCUUUUUAAUUCUAGUCUACAUGUCUUACACACAAUGAGCACCUGCUUAGUUUUUGGAUGCAAACUCAGUAGUAAAAUUUGACCUGAAACAAAGAACUGUUAGGUUUUCAUGACAACUUUCAAAGCAGAAACUCCAGCUCUGCUGCAGAGAUGCUGUUGUCUGUAUGAGGUUGCAGUCCACUGUAAUGUUGUCUGUAAUUGCCCCACCAAUUUGAUAAAUUACCUGCAGUGGAACCAGUUAAAUCUUUGUGAAAUGUAUGCAUAACAUUAACGCAAGAUAGAUAUUACAAAUAAAUCAGAGCUGUUGCGAUGAGUCAUUGUUUAACACAAUCAAACAUUAGAGCUUUUAAUUUAAUUGGUAAAGUUAGUAUUCACAAUACCGAUUCAAUAAUAAUAUUAAUAAUAGAAGUAAUGUAUUUUUUUUUUGUCAUCAAGAAAUCAUGGAAAGAAAUCAAUGAGCACACUUUUCUGAGCUCUUUAUAGGAAUCAGAAUCUCUUUGCUGCCUCCAGGACAUUACUGUGCUCUACCUGCUUGUAAAAGUAAUUAUUGUUCCAACAUCUGCUGUCAACCCCUCAAUACUUCAGGGUGCACCUAUAUGCUUUUGCACAGUGUAAUUACUUUAAUUCACUUCAGUUGAAUUACCACAAUAAUCCACUUGGUAUCAUUGCUGUUGUCCAGAGCAUCAUGAGUAAAUACACAAGUACAGUAACUACAGCCACCUCUGUGAGGCUGUGUUUAGGCACUGUGGUGCUUUUAGUUGCCCCCCCCCCUUUUUAAUUUAGCACCACAGUCUCAGUGGCUGUGAAUAUUAGAUUUAAACCUGAAUACAACAGGGUCUAAUUAAAAACAAAGAACAUCUGUGGAUAAUCUUCCCGAAUCCAUGUGUGCAAACUAUGUAAGAGACUUUAGCAAGAAGUUUUUGAUUUUAAGUAUAUUUGCCAAGAAAGUUUUUAAACAUGUGUCUCUUUAUUGUUUUGUUUUAAUGGGUUAGAUUGGUUAGAAGUGAAGGGGACUAAAUAUUUAAUGAAGCCACAUCCCCUGUGGAAUUAUUUCCCUCUGCUCAGCAGCUCUGUAAAUCAGCCAAAAGUGAGGUGAACGUACAAUAAUAAAAAUGAAGUGUUUUUUAUGCCUUGUUUACACAUGAGAUCUGUUUUUUUUUUUUAAAGCGGGUUCAACCCACAUAUGGUUACAGAUCUUUUUCAAUCUGAAUGUCUCGGUCACUCAGACAGUAUUUCAGAGUGUAUUUUCCAUGUCUCUCGUGAUGCGACUCGAGCAACAACAAAAACGGAUCCAGAGAGACGGGAGUUAAUAAUUGGAGGUGUUAAACGAUUGAAAAAAAUCUGAUCAAAUUUCAACCUUUUUUUUUUACUUUUUAAUUUUGUGUAUCUGUAGAAAUCCAUGUGGAAAGCGAGAUAAGACAACGUCAGUAUGGACACACGCAGAUCAGAUGUGAUCACUUGCAAUGUAUAAUGUAAACAGUUGAUCAGGAAGAUGUUUAGUCUAAAUCCGAAUGCAAAAAAAAAAAAAUGCAGCUGUUCUGGUGAUGAUUACAGAUCACCAGUGUCCGAGCCGCCCAACCACAGGAAGCUGAAUGAUGGCUCUUGUUACGUGCUUUAAUAAAGAAGCUGACAUUGUGCA